AUGUACUUGGAACUGUUUCGGUCAGAGAAUAAUAGUAGUGUUGCAGUGACAGAAGUGACACUGCGUCGGGUGGGAUGGACUGAUCAAGUGAUCAUUGCCAUCACCGUGGGGGCCGGAAACAGCUUGUCUUGGGCUGUUGUUAAGGAUGGAAAAACUUGGGUUGAUGGGAUGUCAUCAAAGAUGCAGUCCUUUCAUGCAAAUAUAGAAGAGUGGAGAAAUCCCAGAGAUCAUAAACAACAGAACAUCCUUGGCAUCAUCACAUAUUCAUUCCUGGUUUCAUUAGUAGCGGCACGCUCGGUGAGCACAAGAAUGGCAGAACAUUCAAGAAAAGGUGAAGAAAAGCGCGAGAAACCGAAGAUUGUUGUGCCUGAAUUAUGCCUAGAUGCUUUGAAAAAUGAAAUUCACUCAACACCAUCUUCACCAGUUACCCUGAUGAAGACAUCAAGUGUGAGGCAUAAUUGCUUGUGCUCCCCAACUACACACGCUGGCUCGUUCCGGUGCCGCUACCACCGGAACCACGGUCUGACUCGGAGUAGCAUAUCUGUUGGUUCUAAGCUUUCAGAGUUAGCUGGUAAAUCUACUCAAAUCUGUGAUGCAUUCAACAAUCAUCUCAUUUCUGGGCAAAAACAAGGGUCAUGAUCCAUCAUGAAUGCAUCAAGACUUGUUUGUUUAAUACCUUGUGCAGUUUUUUCUUAUUUUUUUUCUAGAAAAAAAUAAUUCUGCAUAUGACAGAUCAUGGUUGUUGAAGUUUCUGAUUGAUUAGCAUCCAUGUACAAGUUUCUAAUUAAUCUUAAAUGUAUCAAGACUCAUCAAUAUUA